CUUCUCUUCCCGCUUGCUCCUCUCUGGAUGUCAGCCUGAAAACUUUGCAAUUGCUCUAUUCUGCCUCAACAAACGGCGUUAACAGCUCAUGAUAAAAAUAAUCCUAGAGAAAUAUACGACCUAAAUGACGUUGAGGCCUGGCGAAACACUUUCUAUCCACCUUGCUCGUUAUUGGACGACACCACGCCAUGAGCCGCAACAGCCAAAUAUGGUCAGUCCUAUGACAAGCCGGAUCUUGUGGAACGGGACUUUGAAGCAUAAACAUACGUUGGUGGCCCCGCCCAAGACAGGAUUUGGGAUUGAUUAAAAAAUCUUUCACACAUGAUGCGACCAAAAAGCCGUCGCGACACAACCUAAAGUCGUUCUUACGCGUUCCCCAUGUUCUUGCUACGGGCUCUCGCGUUCAUCUCACCUUUCUUGAUUCUGGUAUCUGCUGCGCUCCCGUCGUGCUCUGAAUCAACGGGUGCCGAGUACGAUUACGUCGUGGUCGGUGCGGGUGCAGGUGGUGGUCCAGUGGCUGCAAGGUUGGCUGAAUCGGGAUAUUCUGUACUCGUUCUGGACGCCGGUCAUGAUGUCGACAACCUCAACACAACAAUCCCUCUGUACUUUAUCCGAGCCGCAGAAGAUCUGCAGCCUGAACUGAACUAUACCCUCGAUGAAUAUCCGUCCGACUUUCCUGUUCAAAAAAACGAUCAGUGGUAUCCGCGUGCACGCGGUAUUGGGGGCUCGACUAUUCACAACGCUUUGAUCAAUAUUAUUGCCAACACGCGCCCAGAAUUUGAUAGCCUUGCUCAAAUGUUCAACGAUCCUACCUGGUCAAGGGACAGCAUGCAGGAGAAUUUCAAGCGGAUUGAGCAUAACUUGUAUCUUGGUCUUCCCGAAAUUACCGAGCACGGCUUCAACGGGUGGCUCAAGACCAGUUUGAAUCCUAUUCUCGAUGUAUUGAACCCGAAGUACUUAGAUGCCCAAAUUUUAGGAUUAGCCGCUGGACUCACUGCAGAAGCAUUGCCCCCAAUACUGGACCUGAAUAGCCGUGCGGGGGAUGAUGCCAUCGGUGGAACCAUGAUCAGCUAUACCAUAGACGAAAAUCACACUCGAUCCUCUGUUCGUGAAAGACUUUUGAAUGUUCGCGACAGUAAUCCUGGAAGACUGACGUUCAUGCUGGAUACAUUGGUGACCAAGGUCCUGCUGUGCGAGAAUUCCAACGGUGUGCCAAUGGCUUACGGGGUCGAGUAUGCCAAGGACGGUGCUUUACCGGUGGCUGGUAACUUCAAGGGUAAAGCAGAUUUAAGGCUAUCGUCGGUGACCGCACGAAAGGAGGUAAUUGUCAGUGCCGGUGUGUUCCAGAGCCCACAACUUUUGAUGCUUUCAGGAAUAGGCAACAGCACUCACCUGCUAGAGAAUGAUAUCACCCCGGUGGUCAACUUGCCUGGAGUUGGGAACAAUCUUCAAGACCAUGAUGAGGUGGCUGUCAUCUGGCAAAUGAAACAAAAUUUUUCUCUCUUCAAUGGUUGCACGUUUGGGUCUGACCCUGGCCAAGAUCCUUGCUUGAAAGACUGGCAAGACCAAGGAAGAAUGAAUAUUUACUCGUUUGGACCCUCCCUUGAGGCCUAUACGUACAAGUCCCAGCCUGAGUAUUCGGUCCCAGAUAUACUCACUUACGUGAUACCAGGCCACUUUGAAGGCUUUGUUAGAGGAUUCCCGGAAAAGGCCGCUAGCAUCCACAAUGCAGUGACCGCUGUCAAUCUCAAGGCACGCCCCUCCUCGAGAGGUACGGUGAGGCUAACAGGCUCCCACCCGCAAGACCGCCUUGCCAUCAAGAAGGAGCAUUUCCAGAGCGAACUAGGCCCGCAAGAUGUUCGAGACCUUCGCGAAGCAAUCAAGCGUUCGAGACAAAUUAUGAAGUCACUCCUGAUUGCAGGCUUUGUGAACAAAGAGGUCUUCCCCGGUGAACAGGCGCAAACCGAUGAGGAGAUCGAGAAACAUGUCUAUGAGAAUAUCUUCGGUCAUCACGCUUGUUGUACAAAUGCAAUGGGCACCGAUAGUGAUACCAACGCUGUCCUCGAUGGCGAUUUCAAAGUCCGUGGAGUAGACAACCUGCGGGUCGUUGACGCGAGCUCAUGGCCAGUCGUUCCGGGCUACUUUGUGACCACGCCGAUAUACAUGAUGUCGGAGAAAGCGGCGGAUGUUAUACUCAAGGCA